GCCAAAAUGUGAUAUAUGUAAAUCAAUAAACUGAAGCGAUAGAAUCCUUCUCUUUGUAGAUUUUUAUCAUUUAAUAUGGGUAAAGUUCACGGUUCUUUGGCUCGUGCCGGUAAGGUUAAGUCUCAAACCCCUAAGGUUGCUAAGCAAGAAAAGAAGAAGGCCAAGACUGGUCGUGCUAAGAAGAGACAAGUUUACAACCGUCGUUUCGUCAACGUCACCACUCAAGUUGGUGGUAAGCGUAGAAUGAACCCUGCUCCUACUGCUGGUCCUUAGAUGUGUACACAUCAGUAGUAUUUCGAAACUGUAGAAAAUCCGUGAAUCCAACAACUACAAAAAAAAAGAACCAUUUUUUUUGAAUUGUUAUGACACAAACUAUACAAUUUCGAAUAAAUUUGAAUUCAAUCUAUAUACGUUUGCGCUCACG